AUGAAGCGGUACGAGUGCCUGACCAACCGCUCCGCUGCGGCCUCCGCCGUGUUCAUCCCGUUCUACGCCGGUUUCGACAAGGCCACCAGGGACGCCGCAUCGGCAGACCUGUCGUUUUGGCUCACGGUACAACCCCAGUGGCGGCGCAUCGCAGGGCGCGACCACUUCCUCGUUGCCGGGCGAACAGCGUGGGACUUCCAGAGGAGCAGCGGCGACGACGUGAACGCGGACAGGGGCAGCGGCCUCCUCGUCACGCCAGUCGGCCGGAACAUGUCCCUGCUCGUGCUUGAGUCCACGCUGAAACACGGCAGCGACUUCUCCGUGCCGUACCCGACCUACUUCCACCCCAGGUCCGACGCCGACGUGCUCCGGUGGCAGGACAGGGUGCGCGGCCAGAAGCGGAUGUGGCUCAUGGCGUUCGUGGGCGUGCCACGCCCGGACGUUGCGACGAGCAUCCAGGUCCAGGAUCGUGUCAUCGCGCAGUGCAAGGCGUCCUAA